GCCUACUAGUAGAGGUCAGGCAGGCAGGGAGACAGGCAGGCAGAGGGGAAGCCGGUGGAUGUUUUUAAGAGUUUGCUUAUCUGACACUGACAACAGGAUGAGAAGCUGAGCGAGGGAGCAGAGAGAGGGGAGUAAAACAUGGAGGGAGCAGCAUUAACUACAGUCAAUUUACACAGCAGACACAGGAGAGACAGGCACUGGUUACCUUGAGAGAGGUAAAAAAAAAACAGAGAGAGAGAGAGAAGACAAGAGAGAGAAAAAAGGCAAACAGUCCACUUUGUCCAUUCUGUCCAAAGGAGCGGGAGCGAGAGCCGAGGGAUCGUAACACUGGAGCUCAAGGAUAAACCAUGGACUCUGCAUACAUCCCACCACACCUGGACGUCCACCAUGUUCCCUGCUAACCUCCUGCUCCUCAUGGUCCUGCUGCUACCUCAAGCCUCGUCUGGUCACCAGGGUGAAGACACCAGUAAGAUCGACCAUGACAGGGUGUCUCCGAUGCCUUCCUCCUUGUCGCUCCCACCGGCUGGUUCCCUCCUGAAGCCCAGUCUGGCUCAGACCAUCCAAAGUCUCCUCCUGAGUCGACUGGGCCUGCAGUCACAGCCCAACCCACGGCCUGGAGUGCCGGUGCCCCGGUACCUCCUGGAUCUUUACCGCUUUCACCAGCAGCAGUACCAUCUAGUCGAGGACCCUUUAUUUAGCUUCCCCAGCCAUCACAUCCAGCAGGCUAACACCGUACGCAGCUUUCACCACAAUGAGCCCCUUGGAGACGGUCCCAUAGCAGAGGAUCGUAAGAGGGUGCACAUCUCCUUCAAUAUUUCCUCCAUCCCUCAGGAUGAGAGGGUGCUCUCUGCUGAGCUUCGUCUCCUCCGCAGUGAAAGAGCCUCCCUGGGCCCAGGAGCCCACAGACUAAACCUAUACCUCUCUGAGCACCAUGAGGACCCUGAGCCCACUCUGCUGGAGACAAGGUUACUCACCACUGGCCUCCACAGUCAUAAAGCAAGUGGUUUCUGGGAGGCUUUUAGCCUAAAUACAGAGCUCCUCCAUCAGGCCUUUGCUGGGACUGGCAGCCUUGGCUUCCUCCUGGAAGUCAGACCUGAGAACAGCAACACCUCACUCCCUGAACAGGAAGAGAAACACAAAGAAGAACACCUGAGGGUGCGCAGGUCCGUGGGUCAGGAUGAGCACAGCUGGGCUCAGGAGAGACCCCUCUUGGUGACUUACAGUCAUGACGGGCGUGGAGAGCCUUUAGUCAAACAUGGCAGGAGGACCCCCGGUGGUGGCCAGAGGAUGAGAGGGAGAAAAGGGACAAUAGAGAGGGCCAGGAGCAGCAGCAAGGGCCGCAAUAGAGACCAAGCCUGGGGGAGGGCCAAAAAAAUGGGGUAUACAGCGCCAGGCUGGGGGGGUGAUAAAGGUGGGCUCAACUGGAGUGAAAGCGGAAGAGUGAAAAGAAAUAAUGGCCGUGCUGCGAAACUGAAACGCCUUUCCCGCAACAGAUGUCGCCGUCAUCCUUUAUAUGUAGAUUUCAACGAUGUGGGCUGGCACAAGUGGAUCAUUGCACCCAGCGGCUACGACGCCUUCUUCUGCCUGGGAGAGUGUCGCUUUCCUCUGGCCGACCACAUGAACUCCUCUAGCCACGCCAUGGUGCAAACUCUGGUAAACUCAGUGAAUGGAGCAGUACCCCGAGCCUGUUGCGUCCCCACCUCCCUCAGCCCCAUUGCCCUGCUCUACCUGGAUCCUCAAGACAGAGUGGUGCUGAAGAAUUACCAAGACAUGGUGGUGGAGGGCUGCGGCUGCCGGUAGUGGGCCAGUGCACUCAUGCAGAGAAAGCCAGACAUGGAUGAAGGAGCAUCGAGGGAAUAGGAGAAAGACAGAAGCAUGAAAUGGCAGAUGGUGGGAAGAAGAUACUGUAGAAGCUAGCUAACUGCAAACAGACAUAGAGACUGAUACAGACAAAUGUAGCAGCAUAAGAAGGAUGAGCGGAGAGGGGGGAGAUAAGGGAAUGUAUACAGCAGCUAAAUCAUCAUUAUCAGGAGCAGGAAAAAAGACAUAGAGAAAGAAAAAUAGUAAGAGAAACAGACACAGGCAGGAUAAAUGAUUAGACAAUAAGAAAGAGGAAGACAUGCAAGCAGAAAUGUGGUCAACACAAGAAAACUGCCAGGAAUUACUUUUCACGUUUUCCCAUUUAGCGAUGACGCAACUGUGCACACUGAGGGGCCCUCACAUGAGAAGCCAGUUCUUUAACAUCAGAGCAUGUCUAUUCUGUAUUCCAGUGUUUGCCACUCAUCUCACUCUCACGCGAUU